AUGUCAGGUGGUGUUUAUCACGUUAGUGUCCAAGAAGUGGUGGAAAGUGAGAGAAAAGUACGCAUAAGAAGCAUGUUAAGUGUCAACUCCGAGGGAUACGGCAAAAUCAAAUUUAAAAGUCUUUCCACUUCUGUAGUAGACGAGUCUUCGGGAAUUCCUGACGAACAGUCGGAUUUUUACUUUGAAGAUGUGCUGUGUGACGUGCAGGUUUCUCAGCGGACGAACAUGCUGGACGUCCACAUUCAAGAGAUUCACCAGACCUCCCUGGAGGACACAAGGAUGGGGUGGACGAAACCCUUAGUGGUGACGGGGGUCGUUAUGGCCAUCAUUGCCCUUGCUGAGUGGUGCUGGUGGAAAUAUAUGGUCAAGGAUUUACAAACGCUUCCUUCAUCAAAAUGUAACAAACAUCUCGUCAUUGCGCAACGAAUGUUGUCGUCCAUUUUCCACAACAAGCUGACAGACGGAAAUGUUUUGUUCUUCCAACUGCUGCGAGGGUUGGUAAUGAUUCACCAGAUCCAAAACUUGGGGUGCUUCUAUAUGUGGGGGUUCUUUCGACCAGUUGUCUUUUGCUUCUCGCCGGAAUUUUUCGAGGUGAUUCUGAAAAGUCCUAUAAACCUUAAGAAAUCAUUCGAUUACACUUUUCUUCAUCCUUGGCUGAAAGAAGGCUUGGUGACGAGCGAGGGAAACAAGUGGAGAGCAAGACGUCGCGUCAUUGCCAAUACGUUUCAUUUCAAGAUCUUGGAGAGUUUUGUGGGCGUAUUUGAUGACCAGUCUCGCUACAUGGUCAAGAAACUGACAGCGGCACGAAAAGACAACCCUGUUGUGAACGUCAUUCCCUAUAUCACCAUGUGCACUUUGGAUACCAUUUGUCAGACUGCUAUGGGAAUCAGUAUUCAUGCUCAAGACAACCACGACUCCGUCUACGUUAAGCGUAUGCACAAGGCUUGCGAAGCAUUUGCAGCACGCAUAUUAAGGCCUUGGUUGUGGCCAGACUGGGUUUUUUAUAACACUAGGAGAGGGAAGGAAUUCAAGGAGAACUCAGCAGCAAUGGACAAAUUCACCAGACAAGUCAUUCUAAACAGAAAAGCUGAGAUGACAGAAAAACUAAAAUCUGAGAAGAAUCAUUCAAAGUCCGAGAAUGUGCUCGCACCCGAAGGUGAAGACGAGAAGCGAAAGGCAUUCCUCGAUUUACUGCUUGACAUGCAUCUCAGUGAUCCUGAAAGUUUUACUGAAUAUGACAUCCAAGAGGAAGUAGACUCCUUUAUGUUUGCGGGGCACGACACCACCGCCGUCGGUACUGGAUGGACUCUGUAUCUUCUCGGCCUCCACCCCGAAGUUCAAGCGAGAGUGGUCGAAGAAAUAGAUUCCGUCUACGGGGACGAUUACAGCAAGCCGGUCACUGAAGAAUGCCUCAAACAGCUGAAAUACCUGGACUGCGUGAUAAAAGAAGCUCAAAGGCUUUUCCCACCAGCGCCAUACAUCGGCAGGGAAUUACAAGAAGACGUUGAAGUUGACGGCUUCAAGAUCCCGAAGGGCACAACCUGCAUGUUGGUGAUAUACAUGCUGCAUAGGAAUAAAGAAUGUUUCCCUAAUCCGGAACUCUUUGAUCCGGACAGGUUCUUACCGGAAAACAUCAACAAGAGACAUCCAUUUGCCUACUGCCCCUUCUCAGCUGGACCGAGGAGUUGCAUAGGACAAAAAUUUGCCAUGUUAGAGGAGAAGACUAUUGUCUCGAAUAUUCUCCGAAACUUCACCGUCCGAUCCGUGGAUCAGAGGGAUCAGCUCUUUUUGGCUGCAGAAUUGGUCCUUCGGUCCAGAGGAGGCGUGAAAUUGGAGCUAAUUCCUCGAAAACGAUAG